AUGUCGGACAUGAUGAUCGUCCAUGUUGCAUUUUUGUUUGUGUGGAGGAUCAUGGAGCAUGAUUUGACUUCGACACGAAUUCACUUUCUUGAAAAUUAUCAUGCUGUCAGCCUUUUUCAGAGACCAGAUAGAGACCCCACAGUUCCGCUGACUCCUUGUACUAGCGCAACCCUCAAGAGAAACUCCCGGUGUGUGCUAGUUUUCACCUCGCCCUACCUUUAUACACAUCUAUCAACACCGUCAGAGACGCCACCUCUUAGCACUUUCCGUCCGAUAGAUAGUCGACGAGUCAGCAACACGGUGUUCCUUCAGCACGACGAGCCCUUACUGAACUCUCUAGUAGUCGCAUUUGUAGCUGGUGUUCCUUCAGCACGACGGGCCCUUACUGAACUCUCUAGUAGUUGCAUUUGUAGCUAAACUCUAGCUCUACAACCGCUUGUUGUAGAUUCCACGAC